UCGGACAGGUCUUCCUGCGGUGGAGGGACUGGCCCGGCCGGGCGGCCAGAUGUGGCAGCCGCCUUUCCUUCCUCCUCCUCCUCCUCCUCUUCCUCCUCCGCGGCGGCUGCCUGGCUCGGCGGGCUCCUCCGGGGUCUGCCCUCGAGGGGCCGGGCCAUGGGGAUGCUGCUGCUCCUGCUGCCGUCCGGGGAGCGCGGCUUCCUCGGGGGCCUCUGCGUGGCCCUCCUCCGCUGGCUCCAGGGAGACAAGUCCUGGGCCCGGAGGCUCGACGAGAGCAGCCUCCUCCAGCAGAAGAGGAUCUGGGAAUCUCCCCUACUUUUGGCUGCAAAGGAAAACGAUGUCACAGCCAUCCAAAAACUGCUUGCCAGCCACAGCUGUGAUCUACAUGAGAGAGGUGCUGUUGGGGAGACAGCUCUUCAUGUGGCUGCCUUACACAACAGCCUGGAAGUUGCCCAGCUGCUGUUGGAGACCGCUCCAGAACUUGUGGAUGAGACUAUGACAUCAGAGCUCUACAAGGGAGAGACAGCUCUUCAUAUAGCUGUGGUGAAUAAAAAUAUGAACCUGGUGAAAGUUUUGCUGGAGAAAGGGGCGGACAUUAAUGGACCACGAGCCACUGGAUAUGUCUUCAGGCCCAGGAGUGACAAUCUCAUCUAUUUUGGGGAACAUAUUUUAUCUUUUGCAGCCUGUUCAGGGAGUGAAGACAUUGUGAAACUGCUCAUUGAACAUGGCGCCAACAUCCGAGUGCAAGACUCCUUCGGAAACACUGUCCUCCACAUCUUAGUUCUCCAACCCAACAAAGCGUCUGCAUGUCAAAUGUACAAUCUAUUUCUCUGUUACAACAAGCAAGACAAAGAGCUGAGAGACCUGGACUCCAUCCCCAACAAUGAAGGGCUCACUCCAUUUAAACUGGCUGGUGUUGAGGGCAACACAGUGAUGUUCCAGCACCUGAUGCAAAGAAGAAAGCACAUCCAAUGGACUUUUGGGCCUGUCACGUCUACUCUAUAUGAUCUCACAGAAAUUGAUUCCUGGGCUGAUGAUCAAUCCCUUUUGGAGCUCAUUGUGACCACCAAAAAAAGAGAGGCACGUCGUAUCCUAGAUCUUACUCCUGUGAAUGAGCUGGUAAGCCUGAAGUGGAAUAAAUAUGGAAGACCGUAUUUUUGUGUCUUGGCCUUUUUCUAUGUCCUGUACAUGAUUUGCUUCACAAUGUGCUGUGUCUACCGGCCGCUGAAACUUCGAAGUGGAAACAAAACCUAUGAGAGGGAUAACACCAUCUAUGUGCAGAAACUUUUGCAGGAAUCUUACCUAACUCCGGAAGAUGACUUGAGACUAGUUGGCGAGCUCAUCACAGUCAUUGGAGCCAUAGUGAUAUUGAUUCUGGAGAUUCCAGAUAUUGUCAGAGUUGGAAUCACCAAAUAUUUUGGGCAGACGAUCCUUGGAGGACCGUUCCAUGUCAUCAUCAUCACAUACGCCUGUAUGAUACUGCUGACUAUGGUGAUGCGUCUUACGAGUACCCAAGGAGAGGUGGUUCCCAUGUCCUUUGCUCUGGUGCUUGGCUGGUGCAACGUCAUGUACUUUGCACGGGGAUUUCAAAUGCUGGGACCCUUCACCAUCAUGAUCCAAAAGAUGAUCUUUGGGGACCUCUUACGUUUCUGCUGGUUAAUGGCAGUGGUGAUCCUUGGCUUUGCAUCUGCUUUUUAUGUCAUUUUCCAAACCGAAGACCCUGAUGAGUUGGGUCACUUUUAUAACUAUCCCAUGGCACUCUUUAGCACAUUUGAACUCUUCCUCACUAUUAUUGAUGGACCUGCCAACUAUGAAGUGGACUUGCCUUUCAUGUAUGGCAUCACGUACUCUGCCUUUGCUGUCAUUGCCACCCUCCUUAUGCUGAACCUGCUUAUUGCCAUGAUGGGCGAUACCCACUGGCGUGUGGCCCACGAGCGGGAUGAACUUUGGAGAGCUCAGGUUGUUGCCACAACUGUGAUGCUAGAGCGCAAACUACCACGAUGUCUGUGGCCUCGUUCUGGGAUCUGUGGGAAGGAAUAUGGGCUUGGAGACCGGUGGUAUCUGAGGGUUGAACAUCGGUAUGAAGUUCGACAACAAAAGAACCGACUGUCUGCAAAAAAAUAUGAGCUCCAUAGAAGAGAUGCCUUUGAAAAGUAUUUGAAGGCCAAAAUGACACCAGGAGGAGAAUAUGGCAGGGAGUCUCACUCCACUAAACAGGGACCCUUUGGCAGUGCUUCCAGCACACCUGAGUCAUCACGCAGGAGCCCCAAUUUUGGCUGGGAUGUCUUGCGGUGUAACGCACGCCUGCAGGGAUACACCAAUCAUGCCAUGGAAGAAGAGGAGGUCUACCAUGUGUGAGCCCAGGAACUCUUACCUCUGCACUCUGAAUGGAAAUCUCCAGCUGUGUCCUCGUUCUAAGAGAAGAAAACGGACUGUUGCUUGUUUGCACACGCUAAUUUAAUUAACUAUACUGUGUGGGAUUUUUUUAAAAGCCUGCAGUUGACACUGAGGUUUAUGAAAAGGCUGGAAGACAAGAUAAACAUGGAGAAACUCAGUCUUUUCACGAUGGUACUGAAGAUCCUUCUCAGUGCUACUAUGGUGGGAACCUCAUUUCCGUGUUCUAUUGUAUUUGUACUACUGCAUUUUGGUCUUAUUUUCCUAUUUGUUGAACUCUUCUCAUACCCAGUUUCUUACUUCCUUAAACAUAGAAUUGAUGUCAGUUUGCAGUCUGUUAUCUUUGUUUCGUGUUCAAAUAAUACAAUAAAUUAUUA